GGCAAUAACAAUGGUUAUCAUUUACCACUUAGUGGUAUUAAUGGUUCGACCCAUAGUAUUGUAUCACGACUCUCACAAUCCACCGGUAUGACUCCCAAAGAGUUAUCCGAAAAUGAUGAUCUGGCCACAUCUUUAAUAUUGGAUCCACAUUUGGGUUUUCAGACGCACAAAAUGAAUAUUCGCUAUCGUCCCUUAAAGGUGGACACGGCCCAGCUGAAAGCGAUCGUCGAUGAAUUUAUACAAACACAAAAUUACGAGGUGGCUGUUAAGAAGAUUUUCAGUGGUCCAUGGUUGCCAAGGAGUUUUCGUAAUAAAAAUAAAAUGGCCAUUAAAAAAUUGCAUGAUCAUAUUAUUCGCUAUUUACGUGUCUUCGAUAAGGAUAGUGGUUUUGUUAUAGAAGCCUGUUAUCGUUAUUCGCUCGAAGGACAAAAGGGCGCCAAGAUCUGUGCCACAAAACGUUGGCAAAAAAACGAUAAAAUCGAAUGCCUUGUCGGCUGUAUAGCUGAGCUAACGGAAGCCGAAGAGGCUGCCCUCUUGCAUACGGGCAAAAAUGAUUUCUCCGUUAUGUAUAGUUGUCGUAAAAAUUGCGCCCAGCUGUGGCUGGGUCCGGCUGCCUAUAUAAAUCACGAUUGCCGUGCUAAUUGCAAAUUUGUUGCAACUGGCCGUGAUACGGCAUGCGUAAAAGUUCUGCGUGAUAUUGAGGUGGGCGAAGAGAUCACCUGUUUUUAUGGUGAGGAUUUUUUCGGUGAUGCUAAUUGUUAUUGUGAAUGUGAAACCUGCGAACGUAGAGGAACUGGAGCAUUUGCUGGCAAGAAUGGUAACGGCCAGUUGGGUGUAGAUUCUGUGCUGACGCUGGGUUUAAAUGGAGCUUGUGUGGUCGGUGAUGCCAACGCUAGUGGGGGUUAUCGUUUGCGCGAGACCGAUAACCGUAUUAAUCGAAUAAAAAGUCGAGCAAAUUCAACAAAUUCUACCAACACCGAACUGACAAAUGGAGCAUUAAGUGAUAGCAAUGCUUCGGGGAAUGUUGUGGGCAAUAAUAAUGGUUCGGUGAAACUGGGAGAUAGUGUGAAUGCGGAUGCCACGGUGAAUAAAAAUAAUAAUGUGGUUGUAACACCCCUAACCAUGGUGGAGCUGCGUCAAAAAGGCAUGACAAAAUAUGAUGCUGAAAUGAUAUUGGCAGCCAAUGGUAUGAAACAUCAUCAUCACCAUCAUCAUAAUAAUAUUUCGAAUGCCUCACAUCAUGUAAAUAAUAAUCUGCCACAUCAACACCAAAGCCAGCAAAGUAAUCAAUCUGAGAAUACAGAAAAUGUAACAACAACAACGACUGCAACAUCUCAGCAUAGUAAACCUUCAGAGGCGACAAGUAUUCCACGUGGUGGUGGCGGUUAUCGAGAAACCCUUAGGAAAUCUGCCAGAGUUAAUAGUACAAGUAGUACAAUAUCUUCCGGUUCGACAGAAGAUUUUGCAAGUUUGGCUAAUAGUACCACCACAACACGAGGAAGUUCCACAAAGUCUGGUACGGCUGAUGAGCCCAAAAGCAGUGCAGCCACAUCGACCACCACAACCACUCGAAGAAAUCUUAGAAGGGCAGCAGCAUCAAUUGCAGUGGCAAACAUUACUACACAUACUGGAGGUGGUAGAACGUCGUCACACCACACGACGAGAUCAAAUGCUGCAUCCACAGCACCUGCGGGAACGUCUGUUGCCAAUCCCCCUCUCCCCUCUGUGAAGACAACACGUCAGACCCGUUCAACAGCUGCUGCUGCCAUGAGUAAUUCAUCGAAUUCAGAACAUUCUGCCCCGGAGGAUAACAUAAUACUAAUCUCAGAAUCUGAAGCUGAACAAACAGAUGAUAUGGAAACGCCAAUUGUACGAAAUUAUCCUGUCACAACACACAAAGGAGUAGCGGCGGGGGUGGUGGUGGUAGGUGAUAAAUCGAGGAAGCCACCAUCAAAACAAGAGGAAAAUUCUUCAGUGGUGGUGAUGGAGGAUCUAACGCAUUCCGAUGAAAAUACCGCAGUGGGGAAGAGGCAGCUGCCCCAGAGACGCUUGACGCGUAACGGGGCGGUUUUGCAUAACUCAACGACAACAACCCGUGUCUUAAGGCAUCAUCAUCAGCAGCAUCACCAUCAAGAAACAGGUUCAGCAGCAGCCACGGCGGAUAGCAGUUCGACUGCUGCGGCCACCUCCGCUUCAUCAUCAUCAUUGGCAACAGAAGAAAAUCAUUGUAAUGUGGCCAACAAUAACCAUAAAAUGUAUAACCAUAAUAAUCAUCAUAUCCAUUCGCAUCAUCAUCAUCAUCAUCACCACCAUGUCCAUCAGAAACAAAAGCACCAUCAACAUUCUUAUCCACAUCAUCAUCCUCAUUUGGAUAAUAAUAAUGUUAAAAACAGCGAAUUGACAACAUCUGCAACAACAACUUUCGAACAAAAUAAUAUUCCAAAGGGUGAGACUAGGAACACUAACAGUAGUAAUAGUAGUAAUAAUGGUAGAACUAGUAGAACUCUCAAGAUCAGUGAAAAUGUCGUCAAUGACGACGAUCCUAGUAUUGUGGUGGAAAAUAAGGCUGAGGCGAAUGUUAUAAUGAUUGAGGAUAAGGAAACAACGCUACAGGGGGACAAUAUUGAGGACAAUAAACCUCACACCAGAAGAACGGCAAAUAGCCAUGCGACUACUAACAAUGCCACCAAUGUGUCGCCACAAAACAACACCAAUAGUAGUCCUAGUUUUAAAAAGAAUUUAAUCGAUUCUUUUGAAGAAGUUGCCAAAGGCACCGAUACGAAGUUAGGAGUUAUUGAUAAUGGUAGUAGCAAUAAAAAUUAUUGUAGUAGUACUGAUGAUGAUGAUAGCAUACGCGAAAAAGGUUUGGCCACCAGUGGUAUUAAUGAAACUACUGAACCAGAAGUGCCACUACAGCAACGUUUAAGACGUCAUGUUGCAGCACGUUGCACUAGUAGUUCUGCUACACAAGAGACUGUGAUACCAGAUAACCAGCUGCAGACGCAGCCACAGCCACAUCAAGCCUCACGUAAACGUCAACAUUCGGAAAGUAUUUGUGAGUUAGCAAACCCGCCCAAGUUGGCAGCUGGCAACACUACUACGAGUUCAACACCCCUACCCAUCCUAAGUGCAGAAAGCAAUCCUACUUCAACGGUAGAACCAUUGCUAAAGACCCCCGAGAGACGUUUAAAAUUAACACUACGCAUGAAAAGAUCGCCCAUUUUGGAUGAGGUCAUUGAAUCGGGUACCAGUCUCAGCGAUGAAAGUAGCAGUGUCACUGGGGGUUCUUCAACGUGCAGUCGAUCUUCUUCCGAACCUGUAGAAUAUGAAAUUUUACGCAUGGAAGGUAUCACUGAAAAUGGUUUAGAUUUCGAUGAGAAAGAUAUUAGGGGUAAACGAAAGAAGCGACACAAGUCUAAGGAGCAUCAUCAUCAUCGGCGUCAUCAUCAUAGACGUAAUUUGACGUCCAUUGAUGAACUGGAACAGCAUAUGGAGAGAAUGGUAGAAGCCAAAGAAACCACACCUCCACCACCACAGCCUCCGCCGUCGUCGACAGCUACUACCUUCUGCUCAAGCAUGGCCGGCGCCAUAGGUGGUGGUGGUACAUCAUCAUCAUCGAAUCAAAUGACACCACAAAAGAAACGUUUGCGUUUGAUAUUUGGCAAUGAAACCCAUACUAUAGACAUUCCACCCACAUCCUCCACCUCAGGAAAUUUGACCCAUGAUAGCAGCAGUUUCAUGGAUGAGUCGUCGUUAAAUGAAUCGUCAUCGUUUAACACCUCGGCCAAUACCACAACACUGCAUAGCUCCUCGGCGGGGGAGUCGUCAAUUAUAAAUUUAUCAUUGACAUCUUCCACUGAGGCGGCUGCAUCUUCUGUUGCCUCACCACCACCACCUGCCUGUUUGUCGAUUUCAAAUUCCUCCUUUGCUUCGGCAUGUAGUGCAACGCCAUAUGGUCAUAGCACAUUGGCAGCUGCUAGUAGUGGUGGUGAUGAGCCUUUAAAUCUUUCCCUGGGUGCGUCACCUAAACAUAAAUUGUUGGCCACAAAUUUAACAUUUCCCAGCAAUUUGGAUAAUAUUUCUUCGGGCCUUAUGCCACUCUCUGCUGCCUCCUCGUCAUCGUCCUCCUUAGUUCCAACACUAUCAUCAUCGCCAUCAGCUGCAACAGCAGCUUCAUCAUCGCCGGUCUCAAUAUUUCUUUCUCAAGCCAUACCCAAACAUACCUUUGGCUCUUGUGCCCUGAUUGCACCCUCAUUUGCCCGUAAUUUGGUUAACAACAAUGUGACCAUUACAGCUGCCAACAUGUCUCCGUUACGUUUGUUAAGUAGUAACCAAACAACAGCAACAACAACAAAUAGUAGUAGUAGUAAUUGUAGUAACCAACAUAACAUCCAUACUGCCUCAUCAUUACCUUUAAGCCUUACAGCUACGGUUACCACCACAAAUACAAAUGCAAAUGCGUCAACAACUAAGAAAAGUACUGAUCUCUUAACUCCUCAUUGACCUUUAUUAUUACAA